AGUUCACAUUUCAUUUUGCAUUUUCAUUCAGUGCUAAUGAAGUUACGUCUAGUCAUCUAAAUUAUAUGUAAAGUUGUUUAAAAAAGAAAAUAUUUAUGCUCCUGUUGUUACAAUACGUAUUUCUUAAUUUUAGUUUUAUUUCUGAAAGGUUGAUAUAUAGUCUCAUUUAGUGAUUUUGCAGACUGUCUAAAAAAUAGUAUAUAUUUACAAUGAAUAGUAGUAUCUGAAAAUGUUUAAUUGGAUGCCAUCGUGUUAUUGUGCAUUUUUUGUGGUAUUAAUAAAUUAUUUGAGUCAAAUAACAUUUUAUUCAAAGUCUGGAAGUUGAAUAAUCACUUCUUGUAUAUUCGAUUGGGAUUUUAUUCGAAUGCUGCAUUUUAAAAAUAAUAAUAGUCUAUUUUGUAUCUUCUCAGAGGCAUGUAGUAUUGAUUACUAAAGAGAAGUAGGUACAAAACUCCUAUUCUCUACAAGCUUUCAUUGAUAAUAAAACACUUAACAAUUGGAAGUUUAAUGACGCGGAAGAUGCAAUUGCAAAUGUGGAAAUUUCGUUUUAAUUAUCAGAUUUUAGAAUUAUUUUGUCCUUUAAAAGGCAGAACCCUUAAAAAGUGGUAAAAAAGUCAAAUAAAGAUUCCAAAGAAAAAUAUGCUGUCAGAUAAAAGUGAAAGAAAUGUUGAAAUUAAGGACAAAAGUCAGCGACAUGUGCCAGAAGUUCAAAACGUUGGAAUAAUAUCAGACACUGAUAAGCAGUAUAAUACUUCAACAAACUUGAAUGAUAGACUCGGAGAUAUAGAAGACAAGAUGACUUUGCGAAAUAAGCGUAAAACAUCUGUAUAUUCUCUUUCAGAUUAUGAUAAUAGUGAGAACACAAAUAGAUUAGAUUUUAAGGCUACUGAAGGAGGCGAAACCCAAAAGGAUUUGUCCGAGAAGAAUAAGAAUCCUAAAGAUAUGUAUAUAAGUAAACUAGUUUCCCCUAGAAAAACAUCAGUCAAUUCGACAACCCAAGAAAUACAAGCUGAAUCGUAUGGAACAAGUUGUAUGAUUUCUCCUGAAGAUUGUGUUAUGGAAACAGUACCACAGUCACAGGAUAAAAGUACAAACAAUGUGAAAUCUGAAAGAAGAAGAAUAAAAAGUACACGAUUUGUAACUUCUAGUAUUAUUGGAGAUGAUGCAGAAAUCGAAAGUAAAGAUUUGGAGAGUCAAAAAGAAGAAGAAUUAACAAUAUACGACGUGGACGAUAAUGGAACAAGUAUCAGUGACAUUGUAGCAACACAGGCUCUUCAUGAAUCUUUAACUAAAAUGGGCAAAGUACUACAUUUAAAUACACAAAUACACAUUGAUGAAAUCAAUGAAAAAUCUAAUCCAGAUGAUGAGUCUCAAAAAGAAAUUGUAAUCCACGAUGAAUCAGUAGAAGGUUUUAUAGGGCCUCUUCUUGAUGAAAACUUUAAAGCAGAUGAAAAACUUGAACAGAAAACAAUGGGUAUGGAUGAAGUUAGAAAUUUAUUAAUGAAGGUAAAAGUACAGACCGUCACUAAUAAUGACGAUGAUGAAGAAAAAGCAAUAGGAAUAUCUCCUGAUGGAAGAUUUUUAAAAUUUGAAGAAGAAAUUGGACGUGGUAGUUUCAAGACUGUUUUUAGAGGACUCGAUACUCAAACAGGAGUUGCAGUAGCUUGGUGUGAGUUGCAGGAAAAAAAAUUGAAUAAAGUGGAAAGAUUAAGAUUUAGAGAAGAAGCAGAAAUGUUAAAAGGAUUGCAACAUCCGAAUAUUGUACGAUUUUAUGAUUAUUGGGAAGUAACAUUAACUCGACGAAAAUAUAUAGUUUUAGUUACCGAACUCAUGACUUCAGGGACUUUAAAGACAUAUUUAAGACGUUUCAAAAAAAUCAAUCCAAAAGUUGUUAAAUCUUGGUGUCGACAAAUUCUUAAAGGACUGAUGUUCCUUCAUUCAAGAUCACCUCCAAUUAUUCAUCGUGAUUUAAAAUGCGAUAAUAUUUUUAUUACCGGUACAACUGGUAGUGUAAAAAUUGGCGAUUUGGGUUUAGCAACACUGAAAAAUCGCAGUUUUGCAAAAAGUGUUAUUGGCACACCAGAAUUUAUGGCACCAGAAAUGUAUGAAGAACAUUAUGAUGAAUCUGUUGACGUUUACGCUUUUGGAAUGUGUAUGUUGGAAAUGGCUACCAGCGAGUAUCCAUAUGCAGAGUGUACUGGUCCUGCACAAAUUUACAAGCGCGUUGUAUCGGGAGUCAAACCACAGAGUUAUGACAAAGUAGAGAACCCAGAAGUACGAGAAAUAAUAGAGAUGUGUAUUCGUUUGAAAAAAGAAGAAAGACCAUUAGUAAAAGAUCUUCUUAAUCAUGAAUUUUUUGCUGAUGAUAUUGGUUUAAAAUUAGAAAUGGUCUCGAGAGAUUCAGCUGUUGCUGAAGCUGAAUUAUCAAGAGUUGAAUUUAGACUCAGGGUAUUAGAUCCAAAGAAAAGAAGUAACAAGCAUAAAGAAAAUGAAGCAAUUCAAUUUGAUUUUGAUAUUCAAGAAGAUAACGCUGAGGAAGUUGCAUCCGAAAUGGCCAAGUCUAGUUUAAUUCUCGAAGAGGACGCUAAAGUAGUUACAAAAAUGUUAAAAUCUCAGAUAGCUGGCCUAUUACGUGAGAGAGAAGAGCGUAGAGUGAAAGAAGAAAGAGAGCGAUUGGAUCGUGAAACUGAAUCAGCUACAGAUCUUCAAAAUAAUUUAUUAUUACAACAAAUGCAAAUACAACAACAACAACAACAACAACAAGUUCAAUCUACUUUGAAUAUUCAAGUUCAAAGCCAGGUUGGCUUACAGCCGCAGAUUCAAGUGCAAGGACAACAAUCUCAGGUUCAGCCAGGUGUACAGUCGGGUCAGCAACAUAAUCUUCAACCUCAACAGGUUCAAAUGGUGCAUCAGCAACCUUUAAUUCAACAUCAAACAUCAGUUGUGCAACCUCAGCAAGCUCAGCAGUUGCAACAAAUUUCUAAUAACUCUCAACAGGUUCAAUACCAAUUACAACAACAGCAACAACAACAGCAACAAUUAUUUGAGACUAUUGUGCCAAGUUCGUCUCAGUGCUCCACUCCUCAAAAUGUCCAACCCCCACCACAAUUUGGACAAAUACCACAACACUUACAACAAGCACAAAACUAUAUGCAAAUGAAUGUCACACAUCCCUUACCUCAAGUUCAACAACAAAUUCCAGGUGUUCAACAACAGAACCAACAUAAUAUUCAUCAACAAAUUCAACAGAAUCAACAAGCAACUCAGUACACACAGGCACAGUUACAACAUAUACAGCCUAUUAUUUCCAAUCAUGGCUCACCUUCUACAGCAAUACAAGGACAAGCGUACUAUCAAACAGCGCCUAGUACAACAACUGCUUAUUCCAAUCCACCGUUUCAGCAAAAUACAUCACAGCAUCUUUAUCAUGGAUUUUCAUCUACGCCAACGUCAACUGGUCAUAUUGAUAUUUUGCCAAUGCAACAAAAUCAACAAGUAUUUUCACAUCCAACUUCUAGUAAUAAUGUUGAAGUUCCAACGUCAUCGUACGCAAUUAGUCAUCAGACAAUGCCAAUGCAUGUAACAUCGCCCCCAUUAAAUGCACAAUCUUCAAUUACUCUUGCUGAUAUAAAUGCUCAACAAUCUUCCGCAAUUAAUAAUAUCCAGAGUGCAAUAAAUACACUACCACCUAGUAAUCUUCAGCCUCAUCCAAAUUCUCUUACACAUAUACAACUUCCUCUUAAUACUAAUUCAAUUCCAACGACAAUAACUAUUCCUCCCUCAACAUUAAUUGUUGAACAACAAUUAAAUGCACAACACCAUCAGAUAUCAGAAACUUUCCCAGAGGGUUCUAACUUGCUCAAAAUUGAAACAACAGACUCACAGCUCGUGGAUCCGUCCAUCAUUAUCCAUAACAAUACUACUACUGCUUUAGAAGGACAACAAUUUUUACCAACUACUGAUGGAGCAAAUAGUGAAAAUUCGGAAAAUGUCGUCUUAUUAGAAAAAUGUAAAAUUAAAAGGUCUGCAACUAAACGUAAAAAACCUGGAAUUAAAUUAACUGUACUCUCGGUCAGCGAUGUUGAAGGUCAAUCAGUUACUGUUGAAUGUCAGCUGGAUACAAGUAAACAGAAAACUGUAACUUUUAAAUUCGAUCGUGAUGACAUGGUACCUAUGGAUAUCGCCAAUAAUUUAAUUGCUGAAAAUCUUCUGCCACAAUCUCAAUGCGAGACAUUUGUAGAGCUAAUUGAAGAUAUUGUAAAGCAGUUACGUUUGGAUCCUUCGCACAGUUUACCUUUAGUUGCACAUGGACCACCAGAUCAGUCUGCAGGUGGAAGUCCUGUUACAAGCCGUAGACCUAGAGAUCGUGAUCAAAAUGUAGAUUCUACUAAGGUUAGACAUGGCUCGUUAACUCGUCAAAGCAACUAUCGUUCAUCGUAUAAAGUUCAUCGCAGACAUCGUUCGAGAGACGAAACCUCUAAUUCAUCGAUGCCAAUAAAAUUGCUUGCUAUUGAUCAGAUUAUAUCUCAGAUAACAAGCGCUGCUUUGAAUAAGCAGCAGAACAUUCGAACUUCUAAAAAUCAGACAAAUGCAACUGGUUUAUUUGAUGGUCGAAGGCGUUCAUCCACAUCUACUAAAAAUAUUGACGUUUCCUUAUUGUCUAAUAUGUCAAAUACCUUGACUGUUAGUGACGAAAAUCUACAAUGUCCUCCAAUGUCCAUGACAACUACAGACACUGUUACAUCUCCAUUUUUAAUUGGUACAGGACCUUCACAUUCUGUGGAACUAACGUCAACUGAUAAAAAUUCACCCUUAAAUGAUGUUACUGAUAAUACAUCAGUACAAUGUAUUGAAUUAAAUAAUGAAAACGAACAGACUUUAAAUUUUUCCGACGAAAUACCAAAUAAAGAAAUUAUAGUUUCCAAUAAAACUGAAUCUGACGAAAAUAAAGCAAAUAUUGUGCCACAUCGUAAAAUUUCUCGAUUUUUAGUGAGUCCAGUAUUUGAACAAAAUGCUAGUGCAGAUCAAAAAAAUGUAAAUAACCGAAGAGAAAGUAUAGAUGUACUGAAUGCAUCAACUUCAUUAGAAGUAACAGAUAAUGUAAACAUAGUUCCUGAGAUAGGUUUAAAAGAAAUUGAUAAAGAAGUCGAAGUUGUUGGACAAUUGAAAAAUACUCAACAAAAUCAAAUUAUUGAUACACCAUUUUAUCAUACGUCGGAAGCUUCUUUUAAUGAUGUUGAAACACCAAUGGAAACCUUUAAUAAUCAUCACUUAGGAGAACAAUCUCAAAUUAUUAACAACUCAGAUCAAAUUUGUGAACAAGGUUCUACAGAAACACAAUUAGAGAUGCCAAUGGCACCGAGUCAUACUAAUUCAAUGUUUCAAACACCUGAUAGUAACAUAUUUAUUCCUCAAACAAUUAAUAAUCAAAAUGUUAUGCAGCAGCAGCAGCAGCAGCAGUACCAACCUCAGCUUCAACAACAAGAUAUUCAUCAAUCACCUCAAGUAAAUAAUAAUUUACUAGUUCUUCAGCAAUUGCAACUUCAAAUUGCCAAUGAAGAAAAAAAUAGAAGAAUUUCAAAUCAUUCUAACGCUUCAAAUUUGUCCAGUGAUUCUCAAUUAUCUGAAAUGUCAUUUACAUCUGAUGACAGAAAAGUAUCUUCAAUUUUACCUAAUACACCAGUUGUUCCAGUUCAACAAAAUCAAUUUUUGCAUCAAGAUGUUUCUAAUAGUUCAUUAUCACCGCAUAUUAAUAUUGGAGAUCUUCCGCAAUCAACAGUUAUUCAUCAAAGUACUCAACCUGUAUCUGGAGUUUCAACACUUCCAUAUUCUGCUCAGUCUGGAAUUCCUAUUGAAUCUAAUUGUAAAACGAAAACAAAAGAAGUAUCAUCUACUUUUCCUGAUUUAGCUCAAAAUUUAGCAAAUAUCCUCUCAAAUCCUAAAUCUAAAUGUGUUACACCUCAUGCUGGCAGUAGUCAUGAGCAAGGAUUAAAUCCUACAGCGCCAAUUGUUCUUGCUGAUUAUAAACAACCAUCUAUUCAAUCAGAACAAUACUUUCAACCAAUUCAUCCAGAUGUUACUCUACAAACUUUUUCAGGUCAAAAAUCUGUAUCAAGUUUUCCCCAAAAUGUUCAAAUUUCUCAAGCAUCACAAAUAAAUAAUCAAAUUCCUAUUCAACAUUCAUUAUCAUCACAACAAUCAAUUGAUGCGGCUAAUUCAAAUAUCUUACAAGGUCAAUCUCUUGGAUCUUUGUCUGAUGCCUCUGUUCAAAAUCAUUGGUCAGGUUCUUCCUAUGGAUCUACAAUAUCACAAAGUUCAAUUCAAUCUCAAUCAAUCGAUCCAAUUCACAUGAAGCAAAAUCAUUCUUUUAUACAACAAUUACCAACUUCUAAUCAAUCUCAAAUACAAGCAGAAAAUAUUGAUGAUCUACACCAAAUGCAACAAAAAUUACAAGAUGAUGGGAAUUCCUCAAAAUUAAGUGAAAUUGAGAGCAGUGUAGAUUGCAAUAUUUUAAGCAGGCGUACAAGUUCGGAGUAUCAAAUGCUGUCAUCAGAAAACGAAACAUCAAGUAUUGACAAUACUCCAGAACAUACGCUAUUAGGAUCUGUUGACUGUGUUACAUUAGGGCAUCAACAAACAAGUCAUCAACAACAUAGAAAACUAAGUCAGCAAAAUUCUUUGGAUAAAAUAUUGGAUUUAAAUAGUGGAGGACCACAAACGAUAGCUGAUUUACAGCAUAAAUUACUUCAAUUAACUAGUCAACCAUCAGAGUCUUUAAUUAUGAGUACACCACCUUUAAGUCAGCCGGAUACUCCGCACAGUUAUAAUAUGGGUCCCCUUUCUCCGCAGACAGGAUCACUUUUUUCAACUGGAGAAUUUUAUUCUGGACAAAUACAAACAAAUUCUUCCACAGAAUUAGACCAAACAUCACAACUUACAACCUUGAAUCAACCUGUUAGAAAAAUUUCAAGGUUUAUGGUUUCCAAAGUAACUGAACCAUCAGGUGAAUCUUGUACUACAACUACACAAGUAAAUGAUAAUCAGCAAGCUUUAACACCAAUCGAUGUGAAUAAUACCAAUUUCAGCAGCAAUCCCACAGAUCAAUUAUGUGGAUCUUCAAUAACAGUAUCACACUUGCAGAAUGAACCUGUGCUCACUAACGUUGAUUUAACUAGUCUACAUGAUGUAAAGGUUGAAACAGGAGAAGCCAAUCCAUUUUUGACUCCCAGUGAACAGUACCAAUUGCUAAUAAAAAGGCAAACAAUUGAACUGGAAGAGCUUCAGAAUAAACAUCGAAUGGAGUUGGAAAAUUUUCAAAAAUAUCAAUUACAGUUAUCAACGCAGCAACAACAGCAAUCCAAUCUUAUUCAACCUCAACAACAAUCCCCUUCACUUUACUCAUGUGUUCCAGGGCAAACAAAGUCUCCUGGUACUAGUGAGAACAUAAUAUUAAGAUCCAAUCAACAACAAAUGAAGACAAAUGUAAGUGAUUUGACAGAUAAAGAAGAUAUAUUAAAGCAGGAUGUUCCUAAUUUGCAACAAAGUUCUGAUGUUGCUCAUGCUUCUGAUAUCCCAGCAAAUAUGAUGUCUUUAGAAAAUAUUCAAAGUGGUUCAGUUCAACAAGAAAUAGACGCUGGCCAAUUAGUUAACGCUGUAAAUAAUAAAAUAAUUUUAAAUCAAGUCAUGCAUAUAACUUCAAAUCUUGAAAGGGAAAAUAACAUUCAAUCCAAUCAAGAUACAUGUUCAUCAAAUUCCCACGCUUUUACUUCAGAUGAAAGAAUCAUUGAUGAUUCUCAAAGUUUACUUGCAUCUCAGGGAAGUUUUCAAAUACAAUCAACGACAUGUUCUACUCCUAAUUUGGAAAAUGUAUAUAAUGUUACGGCACCUGAAGAGAUGACGCAAAUUAAAUCUGAACUCAUAAAUUUAAAAUCUUCCGAGCUCGAACAAUAACACUAUAUUACAUUGACAUUUUAUUUUCAAUUAAAAGAUUAUCAAUUAAUUUAAUGUUACUUUUGGUAAUGCUUUGCAUCACAUUACCGUUAAAAUUUUCAUCAAAAAAUGAUUUAUUAUUGUUGUAUGGUAUUGUCACUCAGAUAUAUAAAGGUUAUUAUUAUGUUUAUUACAA